AUGGAUGAAAUUUAUGAAAGUAAAUUAACACUUUAUAAACGUAUUGAAAAAAUAAUUAAAGAUAUUGAAGCAAAAACAAAUGAAUCUAUGGAAGCUAUUCGUCAUAAACUACAAUCUGAUAAUACAAGUAUUGGUCCUGCAAAUGAUUUACUUCGUUUUUUCUAUAUUCUUGAACGGCAAUAUCAAUGUGAUGAUGAUGAAACACGAAGAAAAGCUAGAGAAGAUUGUUUAGAAUAUAUUGAUCAAUAUCGACCACCUGAUGAUGAUGAUGAACAACCAGAUCAAUCCAAUGAGUCACAACAAUCUGAAUCAAUAGUUCUUCCUAAUCAAUCGCCACCUGCAGUUAUACCUCCGUCAUCAACAGUUGUACUUCCUUCAGCAUCACCUGUUAAAUCUCAAUUGCCACAUCCACAACCCACACCUUCACUAGAGGAUAUUGGUGAUAUUAAACCAGAAACACUUAUUGAAUAUAAAAAAUUAUCAUUCGAAGCUCAACAAUAUGAAAAACGUUAUUCAACAAUAGAUCUUAUACGUAAAAAACAAUUAGCAUCUUGUAUAAGAGAUAUUAUGAAUAAAUUACUUAGUAAUCAAAUAAUUCGUAUAUCAAAUGAAGAAGAACGUUUAUUAUGUUUAUCAAUGCUUGCAUCACUUAUUCUUUCACAAUUACUUGGUGGUGAUUUAAAUGAUAUAAAAACAGAAAUUUUUUUACCAUUAAUUGGUAUUCUUAGUCGAAUACCAUUAUAUCCAAAACGACAAUCAACUAUGAAUGAUAAACAAUAUUUAGAAGCAAUAGGUUAUGUUGAAAAACAAGAUGGUGAUCAACGUCUUUUAGAAACUGAAAGUGAAUUUCUUACUCGAAUGAAUGGACUUAUUCGAUUAUUUUGUAAAUUACUUGUUAGUCGUGGUUCACCAUUUGAUAAAGAUUUAGCAUUUGCAUGGAAAUGGUUUCCUGAUGUUUUAAAUUUACCACCAAAAUCAAAUAUAACAUCAAUUUUAAUACGUGUUUUUCUUGAUGAAGCUGGUGAAAUUAUGAUAAAAGCAUAUCCAGCACAAUUUCCAAAACUAAUUAAUGCUGUUCGAAUACAGUAUUUACCAUUAUUAGAAAAAGAAACAAGUCAUAAUCAAAUAACAAGACUUCGUUUAACAUUAGAAAAACUUUUUAAAUAA